CUAUGAAGAAAGAAUUAUGACAAACUGAAUAUAUCUAGAUCUAGUAAUUUGGAAUUAUAACAAAGGUCCUGGUAGUAGAUAUAUUUACCGUAUCUAUAGUAUAGCAGUACUCUCCCUUAUUUUGGUGGCGUUUGGUCACGUGACAACUUCAAGAUGGCAGCGACCAGAAGACUAGGGAAGGAACUGGCUGACUUGAAGAAAUCUCCUAUAAAAACUUUCAAGAUUCUAGAAGUGGAUGAAUCCAAUAUACUGCAAUGGCAGGCACUAGUUGUACCUGAAGGCGAACCAUAUAAACAGGGAGCUUUUAGAAUAAAAAUAGACUUUCCAGCGGAAUAUCCGUUCAAGCCGCCUAAGAUCACAUUUAUGACAAAGAUUUAUCAUCCUAAUAUAGAUGAAAAGGGACAAGUAUGUUUGCCUAUCAUUAGUGCGGAGAACUGGAAGCCUGCCACAAAAACAGAUCAAGUUCUACAGUCCUUAGUGGCCUUAGUGCAAGAUCCUGAGCCAGAACAUCCUCUAAGAGCAGAUCUAGCAGAAGAGUAUUCUAAAGAUCGUAAAAAGUUCAACAAAAACGCCCAGGAAUUUACAAAGAAACAUGGCGAAAAACGCCCCUCAGACUAAACACACUGUGAUGUUUUCUUUUUUUUAUAGAAAGCCAAUUUUUUUCUUUGUUUCACAUGAUCUUUGUGUCAUAUAGGCAUACAAAUGACACCGAAGGGGUUGUUUGAAAAGUAAUGGUAGCCAUUUGAAUACAUGAAAAUUCGCUUAUCAAAAGCUAGCCUUAUAAGUAUAUCUUUCUUUUAUAGGGUAGUCAAAGCCCUAGUAUAGAAGUGGUUAAAUAAGACAAAGAUAUUAUUAUCAGGGGUCACUGCAUUUGCCAUCUGAGGCAUUCGUUGCAAUUUCAUCAAAGUGGCUCAAACUUCCUUCAUGCGUUUCUUAAAAAUUUAUUUGUAUAUGAUGGCCAGCAGUUUUGGUCAAGUUUACUGGACUGUUUUUUUCAUCGGGCAAAUUCUUGCGGUCCUGUGUACUUUUUCUUUGCAUUGUGGAUUAAAAAAAAACAACACUUCUUCUCAAUGUGUACAGAGAACAAACUUUUAGCAUAUUUGUGAAAUAUUUCUACAAUAGAACUGGAUAAAAAAAUUAAUACUUGACCAUUACUUUUUGAGGAAUUCAUUGUAUUGAGUGGUAUGAAAAGUUUGUAAUCACAAAUUGUUGCAAUAUGUCUUAAUCAGCUGUUUGAUCCAGUAAAUCUUUAACAAGUUUUUUUUUUCUGUUGUGAUUCUUUUUUUGCUAAAUCCAGAUGCAAUAUAUACAGUCACCCCUGCCUUAGCAGUCACCUGCAUUAAGGGGCCAGUCAGCUAAAUUCCGGCAUUGACAUUUUGUUCCAAUUUCCACCUGUCUUAAGCAGUUACCUCCCUUAUGCAGCCACAUUGUGUCCCUCCUUUGACUGCUUAAUACAGGUUUGACUGUAUAAAUAUUAUUCUAUAGGUCUAUACAAGUAGUUUGAAAUUUGAAGAUCUCUUUACUAAUGUCAAUUUUCUGGCAAAAAAAUAUUUUUCUCAAUUCUGGCCCAAGAAGGAUUUUGAAAAUUGAAAAUAAUGUAUAUAUAAAAAAUUGUGAUAAGUUCAGAAUUUUGAAAAAUCUAAAAAGUUCAUAUUACCACCUUCAGAGUUCUGAACCCUUAUCUUGCUAAACACUAUUAAUUAUGCCUUUGCGACCAGUGUAGAUCAUGAUCUGUCUGCACAUUCAUGUAGUCUGAUCAUGAUCUGCACUGUUUACCAUUCAGCCAGUAUGUUUUUGGUAUGCACCCCUUUUAACAGUUAAUGGUACAGUCUGAAUUGUAAGGUGGACAAGUUCAUUAAAGAAAUUUAGCAGGAUAAGGGUUAAGAAUGGUCAUGUCUUGCAUUUAAAAAGCAGUCAAGAAAAAAACCUUGUUACUGAAAAGAUGGAUUAAACAGACUCUGUCACUUAGUGCAAAAGGGUUAUGUAGCAAUUUGCUGUUAGAUAUAGCGCUGAUUGAUUUUCUUCUGACCACAUGUUUGAUCCAUAUUUUUCAUAACUGCAUUUUUCUUUGUUUGUUCCAUAAUUGAAUAAGAACCAUUGAAUGAUUAUGCCACCCUAUGCCACCACAUUUUAAACAGUGGUGGUGUUAAUUUUAAAAAAUCUGCAGAUGCGUUUUGUUGGAAAUUUUUUUUUUUUAGCAUUUAAGAUGUUGUUUUACUUUAAGACUUGUAAAAAUAUAAUCCACAGUGGUUUUAUAUAUAAUUUAGAUGAAUUGGAAAAUGGAAAACUACUGUUAUGAAAAAUGUGAAUGAAACAAUAGUCUCAUUACAUAAUUUUUACUCAUUAAAGGAUGAUGUAAUCACACUAAAUUUUGUUUUAAUGUAUUGUUGAAUGAAUGGCUGAACAAGAAUUCAGGGUGUCUGAAAUAUUGAUAUAGGUGUACAUGUUUCAGGGGCAUGUCACAGGAUGCAUACAGUGUAUCGAUAUUUUUGAAAUUUGAUAUUCUUUGAAAUAUUAGAAUUAUAAAUGGAAAUGUAGGCUUAACCCUUUUCAUGCUGGACACGACUGAUUCUGUCUUUGCGGCCAGUGAAGAUCAUGAUCAGCCUGCACAUCCAUGCACUCCUUUUCUGUCUUCAACACCCUUUAUCGUAUAAAAAUCUGUCAAGUAACAAGAAAAAUAUAGGCAAGAUUCUACCUGAAUCGGGACAUUUUCUCAAUGUGUACGAUAUCCAAAAGUCACAUAGGUUGGUCUACCUGUUGUAGUAAUUUCGAAAAAUAUAAAUUCAAAAUUAAUCUGGUGGCAUGCCCCUUUAAAUAUACAUUUCCAUAAGUAUUUCCUUUAUCUAGUUGUAUAUUCUAAUAUUAUGCUGUUGAUUUUUUAUAUAGAUUAUGUAUGACAAAUGUAUACAUGUAUUCUGUAGGUGGGUGAUCUUGUUCCGUGUAAGGAACUAUUUUGGAUCUUGUUAUUUCAUAAUUUGGUGGUCUGAAGCCAUUGACAUUUAUCAUAGCAAUUAUUAUCCCACCAAAUCAUCUUUCUGUAGAAAAUCAACAUAAUUAUAUAUCUAGUGUUGGGCUAAAAAUGGUAAAGACUGGACUGUAAAGAAAAAUUUCAACAGACAUCCUUGAGCAUUUUUAUUGGAAAUGGUAAAAUAAUGUCGAUCAAAACAUGAUGUUAGAAUAGAGUUAACUCCCUAUGGUUUCAGACCACCCAGUUUGUAAGUGUAUUUCAUCACAGUGCAUUAGACUUUAUAUAACCUUAAAUGGAAGUGGAUUACUUUUUUCUUUGUUACCCUUUUUAGCUCGACUAUUCAUAGAAUAGUGAGCUAUUGCACUCGCCCAUGCGUCGGCGUCGGCGUCCGCGUCCGCGUCCCGAUUUUGGUUAAGGUUUUGUAUGUAAGCUGGUAUCUCAGUAACCACUUGUGGGAAUGGAUUGAAACUUCACACACUUAUUGACUGUGACAAACUGACUUACAUUGCACAGGUUCCAUAACUCUAUUUUGCUUUUUUACAAAAUUAUGCCCCUUUUUCGACUUAGAAAUUUUUGGUUAAGGUUUUGUAUGUAAGCUGGUAACUCAGUAACCACUUGUGGGAAUGGAUUGAAACUUCACACACUUAUUCACUGUGAUGAACUGAUCUACAUUGCACAGGUUCCAUAACUCUAUUUUGCUUUUUUACAAAAUUAAGCCCCUUUUUCGACUUAGAAAUUUUUGGUUAAGGUUUUGUAUGUAAGCUGGUAUCUCAGUAGUUACUAAUGGGAAUGGAUUGAAACUUCACAUACUUGUUCACUAUCAUGAUUUGACUUGCACUAAGCAAGUCCCAUAACUCUACUCUCUUUUUUUUUCAAAAUUAUGCCCCUUUUUCGACUUAGCAGUUUUUGGUUAAAUAUUUGUAUGUAAUCUGAUAUCUCAGUAUCCACUAAUUGGAAUGGAUUGAAACUUCACACACUUGUUCACUGUCAUGAUCUAACAUGCACUGUGAAGGUCCCAUAACUCUACUUGGCAUUUUUACAAAAUUAUGCCCCUUUGACUUAGCACUUUUUUGUUAAGUUUUUGUAUGUAAGCUGGUAUCUCACUAUCCACAAAUUGGAAAGGAUUGAAACUUCACACACUUGUUCACUGUCAUGAUAUGACAUGCUGUACAGAGGUUCAAUACCUCUACUUUGCAUUUUACAAAAUUAUGCCCCUUUUUCAACUUGUAUUCAUUCAAUUGACAAGGCUGUUGAAUAGUCGAGCGUUGCUGUCCUCCGACAGCUCUUGUUUUUUUUUGGAGUAGAAACUAUAUUACCAGAAGUACUAAAAUUCUUCUGUUUAUGUUUUCAGAGCUUUGAUUUCGAUAAAAAAAAAAAUCAUGCAGUAUGUUCAGUGAGCGUUAGUUUAUGUGUGCAGUGGUAUUUAUUGUAUGUUAUUUAGUGAUAAAGACGAUCAAAAUGGUAACUGAUAGAUGUUCUCUUAGCAGAAAGAAAGUAAAGUGUUCCACAGAACAAAUUUCUUUAAAAAACAUUGUAUGUAUGCAAGUAAUUUUAAAUAUUGAAACAAAAAUUUGGCUGUUUAGUAAAUAUUACAUUUUGCUGAACAUUGUCUUUCAAAGUUGAAAUUCCUUUUAGAUAUUGUUACAGAGGUUUCGUUAUAUUCUUACGGAGGUUCCUUUUUAAAAAAUUGUAAUAGAGGAGCUAUAAUACUAUCAUUAGCUCGACUAUUCGAAGAAUAGGGGAGCUAUCCUACUCGCCCUGGCGUGAGCGUUAGUGUCACACAAAUGUUAAAGUUUGCGUACCACCCCAAAUAUUUUCUAAGUCCAUUGAGAUAUUGCUUUCAUAUUUUGCAUACUUGUUUACCAUCAUGACCCCAGUCUGUAAAAAGGAGGAGGCAACUCUAUCAAGCAUUUUGACUGAAUUAUGGCCCCUUCUCGACAGAAUAAAUGUUAAAGUUUGCGUACCACCCCAAAUAUUUUAUAAGUCCAUUGAGAUAUUGCUUUUAUAUUUUGCAUACUUAUUUACUAUCAUGACCCCAGUCUGUAAAAAGGAGGAGGCAACUCUAUCAAGCAUUUUGACUGAAUUAUGCCCUUUUUUGACUUAGAAUAAAUGUUAAAGUUUGCGUACCACCCCAAAUAUUUUCAAAGACAAUUGAGAUAUUGCUUUCAUAUUUUGCAUACUUGUUUACCAUCAUGACCCCAGUCUGUAAAAAGGAGGAGGCAACUCUAUCAAGCAUUUUGACUGAAUUAUGGCCCCUUUUCGACUUAGAAUAAAUGUUAAAGUUUGCGUACCACCCCAAAUAUUUUCAAAGUCCAUUGAGAUAUUGCUUUCAUAUUUUGCAUACUUGUUUACCAUCAUGACCUCAGUCUGUAAAAAGGAGGAGGCAACUCUAUCAAGCAUUUUGACUGAAUUAUGGCCCCUUUUCAACUUAGAAUAAAUGUUAAAGUUUGCGUACCACCCCGAAUAUUUUCUAAGUCCAUUGAGAUAUUGCUUUUAUAUUUUGCAUACUUAUUUAACAUCAUGACCCCAGUCUGUAAAAAGGAGGAGGCAACUCUAUCAAGCAUUUUGACUGAAUUAUGGCCCCUUUACGACUUAGAAUAUGCUUAUUGUAAUGUUAAAGUUUUACUUAUAGCUUAUAUUAUACUAUCAAGCACUGAGAUAAGUCGAGCGAGCUGUCAACUGACAGCUCUUGUGUUAUUUUGUUCUUGUUUUUUUUGGUCAAAAAUGCAAUAAACAUUCAAACUUUGAUGUAGUUUUAACAUUAAUGAAAAACUGUCUGGUUAGUUUUGCAACUUAGUCUAUGAUAGUGUUACUUAAGCAGUUAGAUGUGGUUAAAUGAUUAUUUUAAGUUUCAUUUGUGGAAGAUCAAUAAGGUUCUAUAUACUGUUGUGAUAAAUAUGUAUGUAUCGUUUAUAGAAAUUUAUGCAGUAACUCUUUCUAGCAGCUUUUUUACUUAAAAACAAGUGUUCAUUACUGCGUUCAAAGUUUAAAGUUCUUUGCACCAAAUGAAUGAUAUAAAGUAUGUGUUUGAAACUGAGAAACAUGAAAAAAGGGAAAAUCUGUUGUCAUCAAAUAUAAAAAAAAAGUCAGUAGAAAGUUUCGACAAAUUAUCAAAUAAAGGCAGCAUGUCUAAUAUCCAUUCUACAUUAAGGCAGAUUUUUGUCCCAGGUCACUAGUUAUAAAGCUAAGUUUGAAGACCAGUCCAGGCAAUGACGACCAGUCUAGGCAUUGGCGACCAGUCCAGGCAUUCUGGCAUCUGAUUGGUUGUUUCAGAGUAUAGACAUGAAAUUGUCCAAUCAGGUGCGUGGUCACAUUAACAAAAGAUAAUCAGCUAUGGAAAUAUUUUGUUCGGUAGUAUAGCAUUUAGUCAAAUGUGUAACUGAUAUUUUUUGUCAAAUUUUGUAGAAAGAAUUAAAGAUUUACUUGUCAUACUGGAGAUUAAUGUUUGUUCACAUUAUUUUUCUUUGUGUAGUAGACAUACUGUUUAUAUUUCAGUGUAUUUAUGUAUGAAUAAAGUGUAUGUAUGUUAAGGUAACAUAAUUAUGUUUGUUUUUCACUGUUUUGUGUAUGAAUAAAAGAGUUUGAAUCUUAGGUCAUAUUGGAACUGUCUUCUCACCGUAAUAUACGCUCAUGAAAAAUAUUAAAAUUGGAGUUUGCAACAUAUUCCAUAAAUAUUCUUGUUAUUGUGGUGUCAAUCGUUGGAAUAAAGUUGAAGAUGGGCAUUUAUUUGUAAUUUGCCAGUCUCUUUUACAAAAUAAAUGAAAUGGAGUUGGACAUGACUGAGGAAAUUGCUCAUAACUUGACCAUUCAUUUCUAAUGUCAGAAAUUUGGAUAAAAAUUACUUAUUUCGGUCAUGGUUACUAGCAGAAACUGUCAGAAUUUCUAUAAAGGUUGAGACAUUUUCAUCAAUUGAUAACAAGUGAUUGUACUCAGUAAAGUAAAUAGGCGGGAAAUUCCGUUUUGUGAUGUUGAACUCGAGGAUUUUUGACAGGGUUUUUAGAUGCACAUUAUAAGGAAAUCGGAAUGCAAGAUCUGUUGAAUUUGAAACAUGUAGUCUGUUGGAUCUGUAUUGAAUGUCUCUGUAAUGAAAAAAUAAAAUUGAUCUGAAAGUUGCAAAA